AGGAAGUCGAGCUUUUUGCUCUUUUCUGUGUCAAUUCAGACCCAGCCCCACCAUCGCUGCUGCCGGUCAGACCCACAGGUGACAGGGAAGGUGGCAUCCCACCCGGGAGCUUCCCUCUGCCACGGGAUGCGGCUGUGGAUUCCCAACCCCCUUUUAAUUUUGUCCUGGGAUUUUUGUUGUGUCAAUUAAUUACACUGUGGGUUUAGUGGGUUACACGAAAAUAGUGUUCAAGGGGGUUGAGGACAGCAAGAUGUGACGGGCUGCUGUUCCUAUGAUGUAUUACUUUUUUGAUGAAGGGGAUCUGUUACAAAGCUGAGCUGCUCUCCCUUCUGCUUUCAUAUGGUUUUGAUUGAGUGCUUGGUUUCUGCUUUGUCCUGAGAAAGGUGGGGAGGGACUCUCAGAUCACAAAUGUCCAGGUUAACACCUACACGGCCCCACAGCACAGGACACCUGAGCUGCACAGAUGUCCCAGCACCACCCAGCUGCUGGGGACCUCAUGGCCCUGCAGCUGCCACAGCAAGCGGGGAUGAAGUUUCCCACUGAGACGUGCAGAUUUCUGCUGUGGGAUUCAGGAUGGGUGCAGGCUUCUGGGAGGGAAGUUUGUCUUCAUUUGUGCUUCUCCUUCUAUGAAAUAUCUUGGAGCAUAUGGAACAGGGGAGGGGAGGAAGGAUAGCAGUGCCUGAGGUCAGGAUGGGCUAUUAGAGAGCUGGCACAGUUGUCCCUCCACCCUGCUUCCCUUUCCCCGCCACCACCUCAGGGCAAAUAACAACCCCAUCCCUUUCUUCUCACCCUGCAGCAGAGGCCAACAUGAUCACGUCCUCCCUGUGCUAGGGCUGCCCCCCACCACCUUGGUGACCCCCCCAGCCCAGCGGCAAGAAUGCGUGCCUGGAAGGCGGUGGCCAGCACGCUGGCGCUCAGCGGGGCUGAUGUGGUGGUCACAACGCUGCUCUACACCCAUGGCCGGGGCGGCCAGGAUGUCCUGCAGGACCUGCAGCACUUCAACAUCUUUAAUUCGCUGCUGGACAUCUGGGGGGGCUGCCUCUACCGCAGCUGCGUGCUGCUGGGGGCCACCAUUGGGGUGGCCACCAACACAGCCUACGGCCCCCGGCGCCUCAGGGCAUCACGGACCUUCAUUGCUGUUGUCUGCCUCCUCAUGGGUAUCUACAUGAUGGUGAAGCUGCUGCUCUACUCGGAGGUGCGGAGGACCAUCAGGGACCCCUGGUUCUGGGGGCUCUUUGCCUGGACCUACGUGGCACUGGCGGCCACCUUCGGGCUGUGGCAGCUGCUGGCCUGUGUCACCUCCUCCCGCGAGGCACUGGGGCCCAGCUCUGAGUCCCGCACCGAGGCAGAGGAGAGCUGUGACGGUGGUGCCCCACGGGACAAGCGGGAGGAGGCAGCAGGUCCCACCAUCCAUAAGCUGCUAUCCUACACCAAGCCGGAUGCCUUCUUCCUGGGCAUCGCCUCCUUCUUCCUUCUCGUGGCUGCACUGGGAGAGACCUUCCUGCCCUACUACACAGGGCUGGCCAUCGAUGGCAUCGUGGUGCAGAAGAGCAUGGACCGUUUUUCCACAGCAGUGCUGGUUAUGUCACUGCUCGCCAUAGGAAGCUCAUUUGCCGCAGGUAUCCGGGGUGGCGUUUUUACACUCAUAUUUGCAAGACUGAACAUUCGCCUUCGCAACUGCCUCUUCAGGUCGCUGGUGUCUCAGGAGAUGAGUUUCUUUGAUGAGAAUCGCACAGGGGAUGUCAUCUCCCGCCUGACAUCGGACACAACCAUCGUGAGUGACCUGGUGUCCCAGAACAUCAACAUCUUCCUGCGCAACGUGGUGAAGGCCACGGGGGUGAUCUUCUUCAUGUUCAGCCUCUCCUGGAAGCUCUCGCUUGUCACCUUCAUGGGCUUCCCCAUCAUCAUGCUGGUGUCUGAUGUCUAUGGGAAGUACUACAAGAAGCUCUCCAAGGAUGUGCAGAACGCCCUGGCCAAGGCCAACAACACCGCUGAGGAGACCAUCUCCGCCAUGAAGACCGUCCGCAGUUUUGCCAAUGAGGAGGCGGAGGCGAACGUGUACUGGCAGAAGCUGCAGCAGGUGUACAAACUCAACAAGCGGGAGGCCAUGGCUUACACCUACUACGUCUGGUCCAGCGGGCUUACCCUCCUGGUGGUCCAGGUCAGCAUCCUUUACUACGGUGGGCAUCUUGUGAUCUCAGGGCAAAUGACAAGUGGAAAUCUGAUAUCCUUCAUCAUUUACGAGUUCGUCUUAGGAGACUGCAUGGAGUCCGUCGGCUCCGUCUACAGCGGCCUGAUGCAGGGAGUGGGAGCUGCUGAGAAAGUGUUCGAGUUCAUCGACCGCAAGCCAACGAUGGUGAACGAUGGUUCCCUGGCCCCAGACCACGUGGAAGGGAAGGUGGAGUUCAGAAAUGUGACAUUUUCCUACCGCACUCGCUCUGCAACACAGGUCCUCCAGAAUGUGUCCUUCACCCUGCACCCUGGCAAAGUGACGGCGCUGGUGGGUCCUUCGGGGAGCGGGAAAAGCUCCUGUGUCAACAUCUUGGAGAACUUCUACCCUCUGCAAGACGGGCAGGUGUUGCUGGACGGGCAUCCCAUUAACAUGUACGAUCACAAGUACCUGCACUCAGUGAUCUCCCUGGUGAGCCAAGAGCCGGUGCUGUUUGCCCGCUCUAUUGCGGAUAAUAUUUCUUACGGCUUAACUUCAGCCUCCUUCGAGUCGGUUGUUCAGGCUGCCCAGAAGGCCAACGCGCAUGCCUUCAUCACGGAGCUACAAGACGGCUACCACACAGAGGCAGGUGAAAAAGGAGCCCAGCUGUCAGGUGGCCAGAAGCAGAGAGUGGCAAUUGCCAGGGCCUUGAUCCGAACCCCCCCCAUCCUAAUCCUGGAUGAAGCCACAAGUGCAUUGGAUGCGGAGAGUGAACAUGCGAUUCAGCAGGCGAUUUACGGCGACUUGCAGAACCACACGGUGCUUGUCAUAGCUCACAGGCUGAGCACUGUCGAGAAGGCACACAACAUCAUUGUGCUGGACAAGGGCCGCGUGGUGCAGCAGGGCUCACACAAGGCGCUGAUGGAAGAAGGAGGCCUUUAUUCCAAGCUGGUGCAGAGACAGAUCCUGGGGCUGGAGGCGGGCGGCGCGGACAGUCGCCAACCCGCAGCCCGGGGGGAUUCGGCGAAGGCACCCAGCGGGCUGGAGGAAGAGUUCAGGAUAGAUCAUUCCCCGCCGGCCGUGGGACAGGACGAUUACAACAGCACGGCUCACAAGUGAGAACAGCGAGGGCCGGCGCUCGAGACGCUUGCUGGGAUGCUGAGACAGGAGGCGGCUUGCCCAUGGGCUCGCGCGCUGCAGAAUGACGCCCGUUUGCUCACCCCACACGCGUCACACACCUGUGCACACACAAACACACACUAUAGAGCUUCCUGCAUUACGGUCCGGCGGGCAGAUGCCAGCUGGCUAAACAGGGAAACGGAUUUAUUCAAGGGAGUUGGGUCUUCAGCAAUUCCCAGUUGUUUCUACUGGGUUUCUUUUCUUACUACCAGUAAUUCCUCUCGACUGGGACUUUUCUCCCAUUGAUAUGCAUGUGUAACUGCUAUUAACUGUAACGGAUGUUAAAUGCAUGCGUGGAGGGGAAGAUUGAAAACCCCUUCAGGAAUUUCAGGGGGUGGCUUUUGUGGCUGGAUAGAAAAACAAGUGACUGUAAAACAAGGCCCUGCUCCCGCUAUCAAUCUAUGGGGCCAAUCCAAAGUCUGCUGAAGUCUGUAGGGAGCUCCCUUGGGCUUCGGUGAAAACUGGAUCGCUCCCACGGGGCUGAAUGCUGGGAGAGUUUUGCACUGAGUGCCUGCAGGCUCAGGCUCACAACCAUUGCUGCUGAGCUUGUAUCGUGUAGUAACCAUUCUUGCUGGAACGAGCCAGGGGACUGGGAGGCAGAUGUUGCUUUCAGAUUUGCUCUUGGUGCUUGGUGGGUGUUUGUUUUUAAGAAUGAAAAGAUUUACCGUAAGUGGGUUAGGUUAUGGGGGGUUUUGGCUUGGGUUUGGUUGGGUUUUUUUUUUUAAAUAUAUUUGUGUGCACUGUGCAAUGUCUGUCUGGCUCCAGCAUCCACUGAAAAUUGGUCUGUUAGUUCAGAAUUUUUUUAACUCACAACCCCGGUGCUGGUUUGAAAAAAACACUACUGAAGACAGGCAUAAAAUACUAAAAGAGAGCACUUUAUAAAUCCCACCAAAGCUUUGUUUGGCUUCAGGCCAUGCGAGGGACUUCACUGCAUGGGAAAUCCAUACGGUCACUUUUACUUGAAGUCCGACUUCAGCUGCCUGAACUUUAAAAUGUGUUUCUUUGAAUAUUAUUUAUUAACUUACUUUUAGUAUGAGGGAUAGAAAGAAAUAUGUUGCUCCUAGCCCUUUUGGGUAAUGGCUCUGGCUUAGUAGUGUUAUCCUGCCAUAGAUUGGUGAAGAAACCUAUGCAGCCAGGCAGGUGCUAUUGAAAAAUAGCGUUUAUAUGGGGAAGAUUGACUUCAGACUGUGCAUAGUGAAGAAAUUAUCUCAAGCACUUUAGCUCUCAUGUUUUCUGAUAUUUGAAUGCUGCUGUGUUUUACUUUUCGGCAGUUUUGCAUUUUUGUUGUUGGUGAUGUUUUGUUUUUUUUUUCAUUUAGUGAUGUUUUACAAACUCUUCAGUGUCCUUGAGGAGGGAUGCU